UCUUUUAUAUAUGCAGUGACAAACAAUGAGUGGAAGCCUCGGAAGACUAGCGAGCACCAGUAGCUGCAAAACCAGCAAACAGAGCUUAAUUAUUUCCUCUUCUGCUUACUCUACUUUUGCUGCUGGUGGAGGUGGUAGAGGCCGAGGUGGGGGCCGAGGCUCUGGUUCAGGCUCCUCUGGCGCUCCUGACCUGUCCCCAGCUCAAACCCCUGGUAAACCAGACACUGAUGCUGAAGCUGACGAUGCUUUCUUUCCUUCUGGAUUUGGCCAUGGCAGAGGUAAACCCAUCCCUUCCACCCCAAUUCUUCCUUCAUUCUCUUCAUGGAUCUCUGCAGCAAGUCCUCCUGCUGGUCGUGGAAUUGUCCGAACUACCCAACCACAACCUAAUCCACGCCCAUCUGAGUCUGAAGGCUUUCAGCCCAAGAAACCCAUUUUUUUCAGCCGGCAAGAUACUCAGAAACCUCAAUCGAGUGAUUCGGUUCUAAAGCUGGAUGAGGAUAUCCUUCCAUCCUCUCUCUUGCCAGGGUUACCUGGUGCUGGACGUGGAAAACCACCUAAACCAUCACCAAGCCCUAAUGAGAGUACUGGUACUGAAGAAAACCGACACCUUCAAUCAAGAAGAGGAGGUGCUGUCAGCAUGCAGGAUAAAACUUCUCCAAGCCAGCCAAGGUUGAGUAGGGAAGACGCAGUUAAAAAGGCAGUUGGGAUUUUGUCUCGAGGUAGAGGAGAUGGGAUGGAGGACGGUGGGAGGGGAAGAGGGUUAAGAGGACGAAGUGGUCGGGGACGAGCAGGACGGGGAGUGCAAGGUUGGAGGGGAAGAGGUGGAAGAAGUGCUGGUCGUUUCCGUGAUGCAGACGAGGACUAUGCUACUGGUCUUUACUUGGGUGACAAUGCUGAUGGAGAGAGGUUGGCUAAGAGACUUGGGCCAGAGAACAUGGAUAAAUUGGCUGAAUUAUUUGAACAUAUGAGUUAUGACGUGCUGCCUUCACCAGUGGAUGAUGCUUAUCUGGAUGCUGUCCACACUAAUAAUAUGAUAGAGUUUGAGCCAGAGUAUCUGAUGGGGGAGUUUGAUGCAAACCCUGAUAUAGACGAAAAGCCUCCAAUUCCUCUUCGAGAUGCACUAGAAAAGAUGAAGCCGUUCUUGAUGGCUUAUGAGGGAAUUCAAAGUCAAGAAGAGUGGGAGGAAAUUAUGAAAGAAACAAUGGAGAAGGUACCAUAUAUGAAAGAGUUGAUUGAUAUAUACAGUGGGCCUGAUAGAGUGACUGCAAAGCAACAACAAGAGGAGUUGGAAAGAGUUGCAAAGACCCUUCCUGAUAAUGUACCUUCAACCGUAAAGCGGUUCACUGACCGUGCUGUUCUGUCACUUCAGAGCAACCCAGGAUGGGGUUUCGACAAGAAAUGCCAAUUCAUGGAUAAACUUGUGUGGGAAGUUUCUCAGCAGUACAAGUAGAAUGUUAGAGCUUGGCUACAACUAACUCUUGUAUUUUUUGACCGAGUAGCAUUCAGGUUUGAUGGCCCCAUGAGAUUUUCAGUGGUGGAACUCUUCAUUUAUUCAUCCAAAUAAUAGAAGAUUUGUCAUUCUAUAAUGUCUAUCCAAGUUUGUUCAAGUUUUCUACAGAGUAUUGAAUGCAGUUAAGGCAUUUUGACCUCCCAAAAAUAAGUGUUCACUACCAACAAAAUUCU